UUUUCCAACAUGGCUGCUAUCAGGAGCGGGGUGACUCCGACUUGCCUGGUGAGGUGUUUCCUGAGACAAACUGGAAAACCGAAACUGGGCAGCCAUCCUCUCUCAGAUGUUUGGAACCAUCGGUUGCUCCAGAGGUCCUAUCUGCACACAGUGUUUGAGUGUCGCAGUCCUGCCGGCAGGACUCUGCUGGGACGCAGACAGCAUGGGAAGCUCCUCUGGGUGAACGCCGCAGCAGUCAGACACAACAGCUCUCAGAGUCCACCUGAGGAUGGAAGCCUGGCAGCUCCAGUGGUGGAGGCUUCUGGCCUUCCAGUCUCUCUGCCUGCUGACUCUUCGCCUAUCAUCACACAACCAAUCAGCGAGCAGAUUCCAGUUCACAACUCUCCUCCUCCUCCGGUCUUGGAUGCCUGCCCUGAACUAGCGUCUGCUGUCCCCACCCCUGUUUUAACGCAGCCUAUCAUUGAGCAGGUGGCUGACGCUGCGCCAACUGCGGUGGAGGUCCUGCAGGCCGUGACUACAGAACCCAGUUUAGCAGAGCUGGGAUUGGCCAGCCACACACCAGUGGGGCUGAUACAGAACUUGUUAGAGUUUAUGCACGUGGAUCUUGGUUUGCCCUGGUGGGGGGCCAUUGUUGUUGGAACGGUGUUGGCUCGUCUGACUGUGUUUCCAGUCAUUGUGAAGGGCCAGAGGGAGGCAGCCAAGCUGAACAAUGUCCUGCCUGAGAUAACCAAACUCACUAACAGGAUGAAUGAGGCCAAACAGAGUGGAAACAAAUUUGACUUCGCCAAAGCCUACUCUGACCUGAACUUGUUCCAGAAGAAGCAUGAUGUAAAUCCUCUCCGUGGAUUCCUUGUUCCUCUGGUGCAGGCACCAAUCUUCAUCUCCUUCUUCAUUGCACUGAGGAAGAUGGCCUAUUUGCCGGUGCCCAGCUUGCAGACAGGAGGCACGCUCUGGUUUCUAGACCUGACAGCAUCAGAUCCUUUUUACAUCCUGCCUUUGGCCGUCACUGGAACCAUGUUCUUCAUCCUGGAGUUGGGUGCAGAGUCUGGUAUCGACAACCCCAACCUGCGAGCCAUGAAGACUGUGUUCAGGGUCAUGCCCCUAGUCAUCCUCCCCCUCACCAUCAACUUCCCCACGGCGGUGUUUACCUACUGGCUGACCUCCAACUGCUUCUCCUUGGGUCAAGUCGCCCUGCUCAAACACCCCUGGAUCAGAGACCGAUUGAGGAUCCCGGAGAGGAUCCAACACCCGGCCUCUGCCAUUCCCCAAAGUGACGGCCUCAUAGAGAGCAUGAAAAAGGGCUGGAAGAAUGCUCACCUUGCUCACCAGCUGCAAGAGAGGGAGAAUAGAAUUAAAAAUCACCUGGACCUUGCAGCUAAAGGUCCACUGAGGCAGACUUUUACCCACAAUCCCCUCAAACAGACCCCACCCGUCACUGCAGCAUCAGCUAAAAGCAAUGCCGAUGGCAAGGUGAGGCCAUGGAAGGACACUCUUGGCUAGAUCAGACUGGCUGAUAGCUUGACGAUUUAAUGAUUUAUGUACAUAUUUAUGGAAGCAAGGACAGGGUAAGGGAGGGUCAUCAUUCUGUAUUAUUCUAAUUAAAAUGGGAAAAUCUGGCUCAAAACAUCCACUUUGUAUGUAUAUUGUUAUUUUGGAGUA